AUGUACUUUGACAAUAUCGGACUGAAAUCGCCGCCCAAGAAUCAGUGGCAGAGUCGCGAGAUUGCUGCUGGCGGUAUGGUGGGUUGCCCUGUGCAGGAUAUGUAUAACUUGACAUCCGUACCGCAAGCUGGUCUACUGGGAUUGACCAAGCAGGUCUUGUCCGCCUGUGUGGUAGGCGGCGGUUCGACUAUCAAUCGCAUGAUGUUGCCCCGUGGAGCAGCAGGUGACUAUGAUAACUGGGGCAAGUUGAAUGACGAACCUGGAUGGGGGUUUGAAGGCUUGAUCCGUUAUUUCAAGUUCAAGAAGAGUGCCAUGUUCCAAGAACCCCUUCUAUAUCUAGUAUGCGACUAUAAUAUCACCUGGGAUCUAAGUGUAUACGGCGAUAACUCGCCUACACGUGCUAGUAUUUCUUCAUUUCAGUACCCAGGGCUCUUUAAGUCUGGUACGGAGAAAUUCAUUCUAGUCUCUCAGAUCGACGGUGGCAGUGGCAAAGCCUACGGCAUAAUUUGGUAUCCUAACGCCUUAGGAAACAGAGCUAUUACCCGUUCAUAUGCCGUUACCGGAUACUACGACCCCGUGGCAGACCGCACUGAUCUUCAUAUAUUGACUUGCUACUGGCUGAAUGAGGUGCUCUUCGACGCAAAGCUAAAGGCAAAUGGCGUCCGUAUUUAA